AUGGUAAGUUUGCCAGUAUUACCUUUCAGUACAUCUCGAUUAGAACUAGCUGGUCAAACACAAUUAUUACAAAUUUCUGAGAAGUCAACUCUUGUUCGCAACGAAUCCUACGUUAAAUCCAGUUAUAAAAGUGGCUACGUAAACAUUAGCGGUAGUCUGAGAGUAACAUAUUUGGAUGUUUUAUGGACACAAGCAUCACGAUGUGGAUCAGUUUGUUCUUUCUCGACAAGUAUGACUAAUAUUACGAGUGAAUAUGUCAGCAACUUGAAUCGAUUAACAUUUUCGACGGAGAAUCAAGUCGCAUUAGGAUUAUUUAAUUAUUUAUCAAUGUUUACUGUCGUUUACUUAACAAGACAAGUCACGUAUAAUCUUCGAAAAAUACAAGUUAGUUUUCACAACCCAUGUGUGACAGUAAAUGUGAAAAUCGAAACGAACUUCUAA